AUGAAUCAACCGAAACCAUCUAAGCGACUGGAUCUUCAAGGUAUCCGAGCAUGUGCUAUAAUAGUUGUACUUGGAUUUCAUUUCUUCCCGAAAUACUGUCCAAAUGGUUAUCUCGGAGUUGAUCAACCCAUAGUUACCAUCGGCUCCGGUCUUCUUAUACUCUGCUCGGAGGGUAACUUGGUUCUCUCUUCCAAGGGUUUGACCUACAUCGGAGAUUUCUCGUACUCGUUAUAUCUCAUUCACUGGCCAAUUUAUGCGUACUGGAAGCUCACAAGUGGAGGAACCUUAUUAUUAUUCGUUGCGUUGCUAUUAUCGAUAGGAUUGGCGAUUGUCACUUUUGAAUUCUUUGAGAAAUGGUAUCUCAAGCUUUCAUCCAAAAAUGUGGGAGUUCUUGUGAUGAUUCUGUUCUUUGCAAAUGUGAUUGCAAUUUAUAAAGACGAUAUUUGGGAUACGAUUCAAUACAUGGGUAGAGACUAUACAAAUGUAAAUCAUGUCACGGAGAACAUGACAGUUGACGAUGUCAUUCAUCUCAACUAUCUAUGGAGCAAGAACGACCUGAAUAAUCUUUACGCUCCGUCUUGUACCUACGAAAGCGUGAAUACUCCAUAUGGGUGGUGUAGCCAUUCAGGUCUAUCAAAAAAUGGAAAGUACAAAAUAGUAACUUUUGGUAACAGUUGGACUGCGAACCAUGCUAAAAUAUUUUAUGAAGAGUGUGGAUACAAGGCGAAAAGUAUUUUGCAGGGAGCUGCUUAUGGUAGGGAACCAGGCUCAAGACUUUCAAUAGAAGACGUAGAAAUUUCAGCUUGCGAGCCGCUACACGUCGAGAUUGGAGCCCCAUUCCCCGACAACGUCACAACAUUCGAUAAAGAUCCAGUCUACCAAAUCAUGAAGGGUCAAAUGCUGAAAUUUAUAGCCAAUAUCAAAUUGAAGUUGUUUAUCAUGCACGCGAUUCCAACUAUUGUAGUAGAUUCUAUAGGAAAAGUGGCAAGAAUGGUGAAGAACGGAAUUGAUCUGAUAAAUAUUGAUAACUUCCUCGUCCAUCCCGAUCAAUAUGAAAUGGCACGAAAGCGAUAUGAGCAGUUGAUUGAAGACUGCAAUGGAAAAUGUGAAAUGGUUGAUUAUCUACCAGAAUUCUAUAACAAUUCCACUAAAACAUUCCGCUAUUUUGACAAGAAAGGAUUCCUGUAUUUUACCACAAAUCGGCAUUUAUCACCUCAUGGGCUGGAGAAAAUUAGGCAUGUUUGGACGGAUAUUUGUUCGAAGCUGUAG